UGAUUUUGUAAGCAAAAAGAAACUGAAGAUUUCUGCUGUUACGUUAUACUUCAGUUUUAAUGGAUUAAAGAUAGGAUAUAUCGAGAGAGAAAUAUGAGUACUGCAAGUGGUUUUACUCAAGACUUACCUCCGAAAGAAGGUUAUCGUCCUAUCCCAACAGAACGUGUUCCUUUACGUACCUUUCUUGGAGGACGGCUUGCUAUAGGUUUAUGUCUAUUUUCUACUGUGGUGGGGCAUUACAUAUAUUUCAUAGAAUGGAAAAGGAUAAUGCGAGAAAAGAUAGAAAUGAAAAGUGCUCAAUUUGCAUUAUUGCCUAUUUUACUUGCUGAAAGAGAUCGAACAUUUUUAAAACAAAUCAAGCGUAAUAUCGCAGAAGAAAAGGAGUUGAUGAAAUAUUAUCCUGGAUGGAAAGUAGGUACAUAUUUUGGAGAUCCAAUAUAUAAAACAGUACCGGAAGAUCAAUUUAUAGAACCAAAUCAUAUCGAAUACUUUAUACAUGCAAGUCCAAAAGAUUUUGACGCUAAACGUAUGUUAAAGUUAACAUCAUAAAAAUGAUAUAUUUAAUGAAAAUAGCAAUCUGUUAAGGUAGAGAUUAAAUAAAUAUAUGCAGAAAUACUGCACAUAACCCUAAAAGAUUCCAAAUCUUUAUGUAUCUCUAACAAGAUUAUUACAGGCUGUUUUUUGAUUAAAAUAAAAUAGCAAACAACUAA